AUGCCUUGUCCUUUGCUUACACUCGCACUUGAGGGAAAUGUGGAAAUGCUGAAACACACUGUGAUCCCUACACCUAAGGGGUUUAUAAAAACUCAUCAGCCCGGAGACUCAGGGUCAAAGUCAAAUUACCAAUCAAAUGCCAUGAAACGUGGUAAAGCAGAGCAAGUGCCUGAAACAGGUGUAGAAUCAGACAGGAUGCACAGAGUUCCGGAUUCUGAUUCUCAGCUGCCGCUGGAACCUCCCCAGGUUGGGCAGAAUUCAGGAGCCCAGAUGAUUGUGGUGGUCUUGGAAGCAGCUAUGCUACUGCAGCUGCACCUGGGGGCUGAAGUCCUCGUCCUGGCCCCGCAGAGGGCGCUGCAGCUCACGCUGAAUGACGUCAUCGUCGUGGUUGUCACGGAGCACAUUCUCAGGUCAUUGCAGGGCCUCAGCUUUCCAGCCCAGACCCGAUGGCUGCUGCUCAAUGAUCCUGAGACGACCUGGGAGAUUGAUCUUGAGGACGGAUCUUUGACAGUCCAAGGUUCAGAGCAGGUGUCCGGGUCACAUGUGGAUGAGGAACGAGAGGCUCUCCAAGUCCGCCAGGGACCCCAAGCUCAGCAGAAGAGCGAGUUUGGUCUGGCGACGGCAAAUAUCCUCCUGCUCCAAGCUCGACCCAGAGACGCUAGCCACAGAGGCAUUCCCCAGCUGUGCAGGCCUAGCCCCAGGUCUCGCCCUCUGCCUGCAGAGUUCAGCUUGGAUCUCCACGGCCUGCAGCCCCUGCCAGGCUCUGCCCUCAGACCUCUGCCUCCCUCCCCCAGCCCGGGACCCAGAACACGCCACAAAUUUCGGGCCCGUCCUCCAAGCAAAGCGCGAAGGCGGCUCUUCUAA